GUCUUUUGUUUUUUAAUCAUCAACUCAUUGUGAAAUUCCAAAAUCAGAUAAGUUAGCAGACACAUAAAAAAAAAGAAAGACAAACAACAGAAAAUGUCGCAUUUCACGUGCAUGAACUGCGAUGCGCGCUUCGCCAAUGCGGACGCACAGGGCCAACACUACAAAACCGACUGGCACCGUUACAAUCUAAAGAGGCGCGUGGCGCAGCUGCCGCCCGUAACGGCCGAGGAGUUCCAGCAGCGCGUGCUGAGCGCACGCCGCGCCGAGGAGGCGGCCAUCGAGGAGCAGCAGAUGAGCGUCUACUGUACGGCCUGCCGCAAGCAGUUCGGCAACCAGAAGGCACACAACAAUCAUCUGAACAGCAAGAAGCACAAGGAAUCCCUUGCACGGCUCGAGCAGCAGCAGCAAACGGAUGCGGGCACGUCGGGUGCGCUCUCCGUUUGCGUCAAGAGCAUUGUCGAGCCGCGUCCACAUCCCGCGUUGGCGGCAGCUGCCGCGGGCAAGGGACGUCUGGCGUUUGCGGAUCGGGCCAUGCAAGUGGAUGCGGCUGAGGAGGACGACGAGGACUUUGAGGACAUCGAAGAGGAGGAGGUCGACUCGGAUGAAUGGGAAAAACUGGCCGAAAAUCCAUUGACCGAACGGGAUUGCCUGUUCUGCAGCCAUCAGAGCGCGGAUCUGGUGGAGAACCUCAAGCACAUGUCCGUCAAACAUUCGUUCUUCAUACCCGACACCGAUUACUGCACAGAUAUUGAGGGCCUGCUCUACUACCUGGGCGAAAAGGUGGCCAACUAUUUCAUUUGUCUGUGGUGCAACGAUCGUGGCAAGACCUUCUAUUCCCUGGAUGCUGUACGCAAGCACAUGGUCGAUAAGGGACACUGUCAGAUGCUGCACGAAGGCGUCGCCCUGGCCGAGUAUGCCGAAUACUACGAUUACAGUGCCAGUUAUCCGGAUCAUAAAGAGGGCAUGGACAUUGACGAAGAGGUUGUGCCCGAUCUGCUUGACGGCGACGAGUACCAGCUGGUGUUGCCAUCCGGCGCAGUUAUCGGCCAUCGCUCGCUGCUGCGCUACUAUAAGCAACGGUUGCAGCCGACGCGCGCAGUUGCUCUCAAGAAAUCGGACAGGAAGCUGCAUCGCGUGCUGAGCGAAUAUCGGGCGCUCGGCUGGACGCAGACGCAACAGCAGGCGGCGGCGCGCAAGGCGCGCGACAUACAUCUCAUGAAGCGCGUGCAGUCCAAGUGGCAGAUGCAGCUGGGCACCAAGGCUAACAAGCUGCAGAAGCACUAUCGCGCCCAGGUGCUUAUUUAGGCCGGAUCAUAGAUCAGAAGGAAAUGAAAUAUACAAUUUGUGGCAAUUGUUUGUUUUUUUUUUUUGUUGCUUUUAAAUUAAGCAAAAUUGGAUUUCAUUUGAAAAAUUACUGCGC